CAUUUAUAUUGCUAUUGAACCACCACUUUAUUGCUGACGUGCCGCAACCGCAAUCAAUUUGUUUACGGCUUGAAAAACUACAAAUUUGUCGGCAAUCUCAAAAUGUUCGAUAUACAGACGCAUAUGGAUUUUGUGGGUCAGGCUAAGGCAGAGCGCUGGUCACGUCUCAUCAUCACAUUCUUUGGAGUUGUUGGUCUCAUCUACGGAGCCAUUGUACAGCAGUUUUCGCAAACUGUUUACGUACUGGGCGUGGGAUUCCUGCUCUCCUCACUGAUUACCAUUCCCCCGUGGCCUUUUUAUCGCAACAAUCCACUGAAAUGGCAGAAACCCGUGAAUGUUGAGCAGAAACCACAAACAGCCGCCGAAUCCGGUGAUGAGGGCAAGACCAAGAAAAAGAAAUAGGCAGUAGUUUAACUAAUCAGUUUAUUAAAGUCUUUAAAUAAAUUAACAAAACAUUCUUAAA